CCUUCCAUAACCCGCAAAAUUACGGGAACUUUACAGCUUUCCCAAAUUGAAGAUUUCGAUUUUCAUCUCUCAAUCUGCUAUUAGCGAAAGCAUCGAUUGGUCGGCCGACUGUGUGAGAACCUGAGAUUGGAAAAUGUCUUCUCUUGCAGCUGCUAGAGCAGAUAAUUUUUACUAUCCUCCAGAAUGGACACCCAAGAAGGGCUCAUUGAACAAGUUCAAUGGACAACAUGCUCUCAGAGAGAGGGCAAGAAAAAUAGAUCAGGGCAUCCUAAUUAUAAGAUUUGAAAUGCCGUUCAAUAUAUGGUGUGGUGGAUGCGAAUCAAUGAUCGCAAAGGGUGUUCGAUUUAAUGCUGAGAAAAAGCAAGUGGGAAAUUACUAUUCUACAAAGAUAUGGAGCUUUUCCAUGAAGUCUGCAUGCUGCAGACAUGAAAUUGUAAUUCAAACAGAUCCAAAGAACUGCGAGUAUGUCAUUAUUAGUGGAGCCCGGCGAAAGACUGAAGAGUAUGAAGCUGAAGAUGCAGAAACCAUGGUACUCCCUGUUGAAGAAGACCGAAGUAAGUUAGCAGAUCCAUUUUACCGUCUUGAGCACCAGGAGGAAGAUAUAAAGAAGAAGAAAGAAGCUGAACCUCGUCUUGUCCGACUUCAGAAAGUAUCUGAUGCGAGGCACUCUGAUGACUAUGCCUUAAACAAGGCUCUCCGUGCCAGACUAAGGGGUCAAAAGAAACGCGUUGCAGAAGAAGAGACUGCUGCCAAGAAAAUGGGACUUGCCUAUAGGUUGCUUCCUGCAUCCGAAGAGGACGCUGCAGCUGCUUCACGAAUUAAAUUCGCACACAAGUUUGACAGGAACAGAAAGGAUAAACGAGCAUUAAUCCACGCUUCCUCUAUAUUUUCUGAUUCUUCAUCCGGGUCCUCCAAAAGAUUGGAACUUGAAGCAAAGAGGAGGAAAAUAAAUGCAUCCGGGGCAUCAAAACUGCUAGUCGGAGGAUUUAAACCAUCAUCUUGGACUCGGGAUGUUACUACUUCCAGCAACCACAGGAGGAUGUAACUCUGUUUAUGUGCAUUGUAUUCCUGUUUACAAUAUACAUGUUUUGAGUUUGCUUGUUACUACAGUACAUAGUUUCAAUAUGAAGUGCUAGAUUUGCCCUCAUGUAACUCUCUUUGUGGUUUUUAUGGAUUAGAGUCACAAGACAUGAUUUACUUCUCAAUGUAUAUUUUCAAAGUGACUGAGUUUUUU